AUGUCUCUCAUCCUCGGUCUUUGGUAAGCCGGAGAUGGACUGCAUUUAUACAUGAUAUGUCGGCUCUGACCCGGAGCUUGGUCCCAUUCCUCGACGUUCAGGUCUGUCACUCUCGAGCCGGGAAAGACCUACUCCCAGAACACGACCCCCGUAAGUUCUUUGGCUACUAUCCGAUUCCCAACGGAUUGCGGAACGUGUACUCACUCGAGAACGGUUUCCUUCACAGGCUAUCCAAAUCACCAACAUCUCGGUAAGUAUUAUUUGCUACCGGAGCCCAUCGCAGCUCCGGUAUCACAUUCCGCCACUUUUGCCUCGCUCUUCCCGCUUUCCGUUCUCCGCGGAGAGCAGUCCCAGUCCCUUCACGACUAACAUGUCGUCUCUUCCUGCCCCUAGUUCGGUGCCGAAGUCAAGGGAGAUGCUCGCACCGUCGUCAGCAUGAAGUAUCCCGAUUGGGACCCCGAGGAUUCGGAUGAGGAGGAAGAGGACAAGGAUGAGGAUGAGGAUGAGGAUGACGAGAACCCGGUCGAGUUGCCCAAGCUCAUCACCAAGGAGACCGUCCUCGCCGUCUUGAAGCCCAACGGCACUGAACAGGUCCAAGUUAACAUCAACUUGGUCGAGGACGUAGAGGUUGUUGAAUUCUCCAUCACCGGACCCAAGUAAGUGUUUCUACUGUAGCCCGCUUGCCCGCUCGACGGUGCUCGGAGGGCCCACGUGGGGUCGGGGUCGCUCGCUCUCCGGGAUUUCCACCCAAUCUCGCGUUCUGACUCUUGCUUCCGCGACUGGUGUUAUCGCAUCCUCUCAGCCCCGUUCACUUGCUCGGUCACUACAUCCGCCAAGAGGACUUUGACCAAGACCCGUACUCGGACUCCGAGUACGACUCGAACGACGAGUCGAUCCCUUCGGACCUCGAGGAGGACGAGGACGAGGACGAGGACGAUGAGAGUGACCUCGAGGGUCUCUCCGGUUUGAUCGACGACGACUCUGAGGACGAGGAUCCCGAGGAUGAGGAGAUGGACGAGUCACGCUUCGAGGAAAUCGCCCAGCCCAAGGCCGCGUCUAACAAGCGAGCCGCCGAGGCCGCACCCGAGGCCGGUGACGAGUCCAUCUCUUCGACUCUGUCCAAGAACCAGAAGAAGAAGCUUGCCAAGAAGCUCAAGGGCGCCGAUGGAGCUGCUGCUCCUGCCCCUGCCCCUGCCCCUGCCCCUGCUGCCCCCGCCGUGAAAGAAGCCAAGCCCGCUACCACCGUUGAGAAGAAGGAGGCUCCCAAGAAGGUGCGUCUAGUCCAUGAAGCCAGACUUCUAUGAAUGCCAGCUGAACGCAGCGCUGCUCUUCCGUUGAACAGUCCACCACGCAGAUUUUGGCCGGAGGUCUCCAGAUCAUCGACGCCAAGAAGGGUGACGGUCCCGUCGCGAAGAACGGCAAGAAGGUCGGCAUGAGGUACAUCGGUAAACUCGAGAACGGCAAGAUCUUCGACAGCAACACCAAAGGUACCCCCCUCGUCUUCACGCUCGGCCGUGGUGAAGUCAUCAAGGGCUGGGAGCAAGGUCAGUCCGGUCGGGUCACGGCGUCAGCGGUGCGACACCUGCAAGCAUGUGCUGACAUGACAGUCCUCACGUUUUGCAACAGGUGUCCUCGGCAUGGCCGUCGGCGGUGAGCGCAAGCUCGUGAUCCCCGCUGCGCUCGCGUACGGCAAGAAGGGUACCCAAGGUAUCCCCGGCAACGCGACCUUGAUCUUCGACGUCAAGCUCGUCUCGGUCAAGUAA